CCAUGGCACACCGGAAAUGGACCCAGCCAGCGAGACCGUCGUCAACCCCAAUAAACCCCUUUCAGGGCAACUUACAAGGCGAACAAUUUUGCGCAAUACCAUGCCGCCGGCAUUGAAGACGGACGGAGAAGUCCAAGCCGUUGAAAACAACGGUCAGAUUCAUGUGGCGCCUCGAAGUCCUUCGGGAUCCGAAUUUGGCCGGUGCUGGAGUAGCAAGGAACUUGUUUUUGUGCGGCUGGUGUCAGUGGAACGGAGCGCCAGCGGGUGCACACAAGGAACGCUAUGCUUGGCCGAAAAGAAGGAAGGCUCUGCCACUCUCGAGCUGUCGUUGAACGUCAGCACGCGUAGAGCAAAGGGCAGCGGCGGAUGCACCACCACGAAAUCGGGCGCAGCGCGACCCCAAACUGACCCCUACCACUUGCGAAACGUGGCACAACAUGAUGAUAAUGAUGACGACGGUGAUGAACACGAUGAUGGUGACGAUUACGGUGGUGAUGUUGAUCUGGGCGACGAUGUCACUGACGAUGAUGACGAUGUUGAUGACGAUGAUGAUGUCGAUGAUGAUGUUCGUGAUGAUGAUGAUUGUGAUGACGACGAUGAUGAUGAUGACGAUGAUGACGACGAUGAUGACGAUGUUGAUGAUGGCGAUGACAACGGAGCGGACGAUGGUGGUGAUUUUGAUGACGACAACGAUGCCGCUGAUGAUGAUGAUGUUGUUGAUGACGUUGAUGAUGUUGAUGAUGAUGUCGAUGAUGAUGACGAUGUUGAUGACGUUGACGAGGUUGGUGAUGAUGAUGAUGAUGUUGGUGAUGAUGAUGAUGAUGUUGAUGAAGAUGAUGUUGAUGAAGAUGAUGAUGAUCACGAUGACAAUGAUGGUGAUGAUGAUGAUGAUGAUGAUGAUGAUGAUGAAGAUGAUGACGCUGAUGGUGGUGGCGACGAUGAUGGUGAUGAUGGGGGCGAUGAUGAUGAUGAUGAUGGCAAGCAAGAAUCACGGGGCCGCUCGCGAGGAAAGAACGAGCGGGAAUCAGAAGGGGACACAGAAACCAUGUGGCCCAAUGUCACCGACAUCCUUUCCCUCCGUCCCCGCAACUUGAAACAGGUGGCGCGACGCGGCCGCUCCCAUGGGCCGGCAAACAUGCCUGACACAAGGGCAGGCAGAAUAGCACUUUACCUUGAAGAGGGCACAACGCACACGAUGGCGCUGCUCUUUGAUGGCUCACAGUUCUUCGAGAAGGCGCAGUUCUUCGACGACGGCGAAGCACACACGAUGGCGCAACUGUUCGACAAGGGCUCAGCGCAAACGGCGGAGAUGUUCCUGCUGGGCCGUGGAUCAGAACCUGCCGUGCACGGUUCCCCAGACAAUCGUAAAUUUCGGAUCACGGCGGACUACGAAUUCUAUAAAAUGCAAAGUCCGUUGAGAUCCGAACUUCCCGUGCACGGUUCGUCGGAAAACCGUCGACUUCAGACCCCGGCGUGCUUCACCUUUCGGGUGGUGCGGGUUCUGACGGUGGACUUCCUAGCGAUCGGUGGAUUGCCACAACGUUUUAUUCGUACGAAAUUGAAAUCUGCAUGGAUCCGAACUUCUUGGCAGUUUUGGACGUCGAGUUUGGGAGACAGCUUCAUCUUUCCCACGCAAUCUCGCCAAGUUCGGAUUCAGACGAACAUGUCGCAGGGCGUGUUUGCGGUUGGCCCACAGGGCAUGAUGCGCGUGGUGUGCAGCUUGCGUGAUAGAGGGGACCUUCUCGACACCACGCAUCUUCGAGUCGGUCUUCUCCAGACCAUAGGCCAUGAGUGCCGAGACGCAUAUUCGCUUAGCAGAACCUUCUCGUCCUUGUGCGAAAUCCGUGCGGCAUUUCAACGGUGUGAUAACGAUCCACGGAGCGACCGCAGAGGACUUCGACGAGGACCCAUGGAUGACCGUUGCAGUCGUCGAUGGUCUUACAUGAAAAAUGUGUACGGUUCGAAGGGGAACGUCGUCGCCGGUGCCAAGGGGGCAGUUCUCGACAUGUGUCUGUUCGAGGGGUUCGGAGCAGGUGCUGCGAACACCCCAUUCUACAACGACCUCCGGCGGCAGGGCGGGUUUGUUUUGGGUCGAGAGUUCUUCGACCUGUUGGAGGACAAGGGCAUCGCCCUCGACGUCCCUUGCGAAGUCGGUCCCGACCUGGAACUGUCAAUGCCUUUGCAGCCGUGCGGCGGUUGUGAGUCGAGUGAGGCAGCGGGGGAGGAGGGGGAUCUAGGUUCCGGGGAGGCUACACAUGUGCAGCGGGAGGAUGCCAGAGCCCGCCGAGGGCCAUGGCGCGGAAGGCGAGGCCGUGGGCGGGGAGGGAGCGCAGGGCACUCCCCAAAAAGGAGGGGAGAAUGUCAAGAAGAGUUGGUGGGCUCUUCGAAGAAACAGGAGACCAAGACCCCGAGGACUCCGGGAGAGAAACGGAAGGGGAGCGGGGUGGAAGAGGGUCACCCGGGUAGCAAAAGUCCAGCUUCGAAACAUAAACAGCCUGAGUCGGGCCCUUCUUCACCACGACCUGCCAUCGACGUGGACGCCGGGUACUUCCUGGAGUACAAAGACGGCGUCAGGACAAGGCGGGAGUUUGAGAUUAGCCCGGCUCAGAUCGUUGACAUAAGGGAGUGGGAGGAUCUUUACAACCAGCGGUCGCUAGAUCCCGUCCUCGUGGAAACGAUAAGGGAAGCAAUGCGGUCUGCGUUCGAAAAUAAAGAACAAACGUACGAGUUGCCGGUCUUCAAGCUCGCACCAUUGGGGCUUCAAAAACCAACUCCUAGGACCAAGGCACAACGUCUGAAGCCAGAGGAGUGGAAGGAUGAGCUGGCGGGAGAAUACUACUACUACGUGGUGUGCGGGCAGCACAAUGCGGCUGCAGCCAGGUCGCUGCUCGGCAGCGAGGUGGCCAAGAAAUUGCUGAGCCACGAUGGGGCGAAGUGGACCGUAAAAAAGAACAAGGUCAAAAACGUAAAGCCUGGGGUCGCCUACAUCCACAACGACAAAUUGGGCAGAACGGAGGUGGUGUACAAUGUCCCCGUGGACCCAUCGAAUAAAAAGGGCAAAAAGGAAAAAGAGGAGGGCGAUUGGUUCGUGCAAGUGCCAGACCCGGACGCGCAUUGUUGGAAAGCAAUGGAAUCACCCAUGGACAAUGAGAAGUGUCGCGUUCUGAAAAAGGUGCUUACUUGCGAGGUCGUUUGGGUCCAGGCCGGCUCCCCGUCGUUGGCGAAGUUGGGAAAGAUCAGCGUGCAGGACAUGGUUCAGCUGGUGAAGUGCGACCGCGUGCUGGUCCGGUUGUGGAAUUACUACCAAUUCAAGCACGAGAAGAGGCUGGACACGGACUGGAUCCAAAGGUACCCUUUCGUGAAAUCGAGGUCUGCCGUUUUCAAGAAGUUUGAAGGUCGGGGAUUGGAUGACGAGUUGUGGGAUAACAGCAGGAAACACGUUUCCGACUCGGCGUUGUUCAAGGACUGCCCGCCGUACAUGGGUUGCGACCAGGACAACUCGAUUGAGGUGACAGAGAAGUUAGCGGGCCACAAGAAGUUGUCAGUCGACUGGAGAAACAAGGUUCUCUCCGUGUUGAAUGGAAGCAGACUGAAGAGCCGGGAAGUCACACUUGCCGAAGGCGUCGGCAGCGUCUACGGGGAUAUGGAACGCAAUCCGACCCAAUUCGUCGGUCUUCUUGAUUUUCUUGGCAAGAAGGGAAAGGGUAUCAUGUUCCUUGGGAAAUCGCACGCGCGAAGCGUCAGGGAGCUUCUGAAGGUCGGUCGGCACGUUGUCGCAAUGGAAGGUAACUCCGACCUCUUGCAAUUCACGAUGCAACUGGUGAAAAGCGAGGUCAAUUCGAGUGGGCACAAUUAUGAGUUCAUGGUCGUGAGGCCAACACGGGAUAAGGUGUGGAGCAAGAAGACGGAUAUGUGGUUCAAGUUGAGCGAGAGGAAGAGGAACAAGAUAUACGAUUUCUUGUUCCUUCAAACGCGUCCGAGGAGGGACACUGACGCCGAGUACAUCCACUGGAAGGACCACAUGUUGGCACUGCUUGACAUUUACCACUUCGUCUCCCGCAUGAACGCGAAGACGUUUAUCGAAAGGCUGCAGUCGCUGUACUUCGUGGAGUCCAAGGAGCAGUUGAAGUUAGCCAGUUACGCUUCUCUGAUCUCCACUGACAACGAGGAAGCCAUAGCGAUACGAAAUGGCGAGUGGGUCAUGGUCGUGGCAAUCCCGGGCGCGGUAUGGGUGUCAUUCCCACGCGAGUCGAAGUCCAACUUCCUGCACCUCGCGAGGAUUUCGGUCCUCCAGAAAGUGAAGGUCGAAAAUGACACUUUAGCAUCCAGCGACCUGUCCCUCAUUUCCACUGUCGGUCGACUGUUUGACGAGCUUAAGGACAAGUGCUGGUUGGAAUUGACGGAGGACUACUACGAGCUCGACACGAGUCCGUCGAAGGGCGUGGUGGACUGGAAAGUGCCCCCUCCCAGUGGGCCGGACGGUGGUUCCGGGGGGGGGUCACAUGGAAGCGGAGGGGAUGGGGGUGGCGACGCAGGGGGUGGCAAAGGAAUCCCGCCUAUGGGGGAGAGAGGGUCUCACGGCCGCAACACGACACCGGGAGGCAGCGCCGGGGUGGCGGGUUUCGCCGUCGACCGGACUCCGUCGACAGGCACCCGGCCCGAGCACACGACACACUCCGCCGACCCCCAGACUUCGUCCGUGGGCUCAGCGAGGGAUACGUUGGCAGCCUUGGUUGCUCUGGGCAGUCGCUCGGCCGAAAAGCCGAAGUCCGCCGGGAUCCAAACUACGUCGGGUGAGGAGCCACCAGAGCGGUCCGGAAUGCGAAGCUGCUCGGGGUCGGGGGAUCCAAGCACGGAUCGAGAAAUUUGCAUCAUUGCGGCGCAGGACGGAGACGUCGGAACGGUGUCGCCUGAGCAGGAGCGACGGCCGCAAGGAUUGCAGUGGGAGGCUGCAAGUGCAGGGUCCGGCGACACGGAGACCACGAAGUCCACCGAGAUCCGAACUUCUUCGGGCGGGGUUUGUCGGCCAGGGAUUGUCGUGCUGUUGAGAGGGGCAGCGUGCACGGGGACGGAAGGGCGGUCCUCGCGAUUCGGCACGGGUACCGCGGAAGGGGACGAGUUUCGUGGGAGGCAAGUAGGGGAGGAAAUGGAGGAACAAAAGGGAGCGCAAGAAGGGGAGGAAGAAAGGGAAGAAGAGGUGGAAGGGUAGGAAGCGGGAGAAACGGAGCUAAUUGAUUUGUUUG